AUGCGGUCUGUGUUCGUUGGAUAUUUGUUCGACGGCAUACGCGAAGAGAGAUUUGUGAAAAACACGCUUAGAGGUUGCGCGUUUAUUCACGUGACGUGAGCUCAGCCUCAUUUUUGCUCGUAUGAGGCGGUGGUCGGUGUUAUACUGGAAAUUGGCAAUAACAUCGACGUCGUAAAUCGGGCAACGACGGUCCGCGAGGACGUAGUCUAUUGAAUUGUGUGUGAUGCCAUCAGGAGAUUUCCAGGACCACUUUCUGUUAACACGUUUUUUGAAGAAGGUGUUCCAGAUCCUCAGCCCAUUCGCCUCGCAGAACUCUAAAAGAGUUUCGCCACGGUUAUUACGGACUCCAACGCCAUGGCAACCGAGAGAGGAUUCGGUGUCGAUCUUACUGCCAACUUUUGCAUUGAAGUCACCUAAAGUCAAGGAAUAA